AUGGGUAAGAAACCUCAAAAAACAAAGGAAGUUUGGGCAGCAAUAGCUGAAGCAUCAACAACAAUAGAUGAUGAACAACAACAACAACAACCUCAAACUAGUCGAAAAAGAGGUAGACCUCGUAAGAUUGUUGUGAAGAUGGAAAGUUCAGAGGAACCUAAAGAAGAAGAUUCAAUGGAAAAACAAGAGACAAAAGGUUCAUCAGAAAUAGAAACAUGCAUGCUUAGAAAAGAAGAAGAGACUGAAGUUCCAAAAGGUGUCGUUUCUUAUAGAACCAGCAGAGCUAGGCGUAAAAGCAAACCUACAAAGAGUAGUCACUAA